GUGCUGCCGUUGAAGAGUAUGACAUGACUGUUGCACUGACAGAAUUAGUGCUGUGGAAAUAUAUACUCUCCUGAAUUUAUCAACAUGGACUGAUUUCAGUAGGCAAUACAACAAACAGCAUCAACACAUCAAAUUUAAAAAGGGAGAAUAUAGGAAAUCAGGAACAAAGGAAUGUCUCUAUCCUGUUAAUAAAUAAAUAAAUAGAAUAUAGAAAAAACCUCUUUGCUGUUUAAUGAAACCUCCUUCCUGAAGCUCAGUGAUUUUGAGCUCUGUUACAGUGAGACGAUCAGACGCACAAAGAUGAGCUUUACUAUAGUAACAGCUUUACUUCUCUCCAGCUUCAGCUGGAUCUCCAUCUCAGUUUCUGAGUCUCAGACUGUGGAGGUCCAGUCUGGUGAAGAAGCCACACUGCUGUGCUCCAACUUUACCACUUCUCCCUCUCAGAUAAUCUGGUUCAGACUGACCAACAGAACCCAGCCCCGCUGCAUUUCCUCCAUCUACACAGCCACUGACCCUGCCUCACUCUGUAGUGGAGUCCAAGAGGGAAAAUAUGAAAUGAGAUCCAACAUCUCUACUGUCUUUCUCAAAAUGAAGGAUGUGGAUUCAUCUGACUCUGGACUGUAUUUCUGUGGAUAUUAUAUAAGCAGACACCCCGUUAUUGUUAGCGCAACAUAUUUAAAGGUUCAAGCGCUCCCUUCCUGGUCACACUUCAGUUACGGACACUGAAGAGCUGCAGUCAUCAACACAAUGAUGAACUUCACUAUGAGAACAGCUUUACUGCUCUGCAGCCUCAGCUGGAUCUCUGUCUCAGUGUCUGAGUCUCAGACUGUGAAGGCUCAGUCUGGUCAAGAAGUCACACUGCUGUGCCCAAAGACAAUCAAAGAUCCAGCUGUGACGUUCUGGCUCAGAGUGGUCAACAGGACCAAUAUGAGCUGUAUCUCAGUUAUGUCCUGGUCUGACAGUAAAGCUGAAUACUGUGAUGGAUAUGAAGCUGGAAAUUUUCAAAUGAGAUCCAACAGCUCUACUGUCUUUCUCAAAAUCAAACAAGUGGAUGUAUCUGACUCUGGACAGUAUUUCUGUGGAUUUUACACAGAUGGACGUAUAACUUUCACUGAGUUUCAGAAUUUAAAUCUUACCUCCAGCAAUGAUGAGCCACAUGAUGUCGAGGACAGCAAAUGUAAAGAAGAGAGUGGUGUGAUAAAGCUGACAUGUGUGAUCCUGGGUGGUCUGAGUGUUCUCCUUGUAAUGGUCAUCAUUGGUCUGGUUCUUCAAAACAGGAAACUUCAGACAGCUGAUAAAGAAGAACAGAAUCCACAGCAAAGUGAGGCUCGUGUCUCUGAUGAUGUGAACUACGCAGCUGUGACUUUUCAAACAAAAACCAAGAGAAGAGAGCUGGAGACAAAUGUUGUUUAUGCUGCCACCAGAUAGACUCAGGAGGCAACUGGAACUGAUGCUGCAUCAUAUUACACAUUAUACAUUAUAUUAUGCUCUGGGCUUUGUACGGCUUGUUGGUGACAGGAAUAACUACUCUUAAAAUAAUAUAUGGAAGUUUGCAAUAAAGAGCUGAUGUUGAGC